AUGAAUGUAUUGAAACUACAAAAAAAGUUCCCAGUGUUGGAACAGAAUGAUCUUUUCGGAAUUAUCGAAGAUUUCAGAAAUAUCGACUUAGAAGAUAAAGGGUGGGUUGAAAAAAAAGAUGUCAUUAACUCCGUUUCUCAAAAAGGAGAUUAUACUUAUGAUCAAGCAAGAGAAACAUUAAAGAACGUUGAUGUGGAUGCAUCAGGACAUGUGGAACUAGAUGAUUAUGUGGAAUUGAUGGCUAAGUUGAAAGAGUCAAAAUCAGCAUCUUCACGAGCAGCUGCUCCUGCUGCUGGCACCGGGGGAAGUAGUAACGCUUCAUCAACGGCACCUGUUCCAACCGCCAAUACCGCCCAUAAGACAUAUUUCACCGGUAAAACUUCUGGCUCAACUCAUACUAUCAACGAUGAAGAAAGAAUUGAAUUUACGAGACACAUAAACUCCGUUCUUGCAGGUGAUUCGGACAUCGGUGAGAGAUUGCCAUUUAGUACUGAAAAUUUCCAAAUAUUUGAUGAAUGUCGUGAUGGGUUGGUCUUGUCUAAAUUAAUCAACGAUUCAGUUCCAGAUACUAUUGAUACUCGUGUUUUGAACCUUCCAUCUGCUAAGAAGAAGGUUUUAAACAAUUUCCAGAUGUCUGAAAAUGCAAAUAUUGUUAUAAAUUCUGCAAAAGCCAUUGGUUGUGUUGUUGUUAAUGUUCACUCAGAAGACAUUAUUGAUGGUAAGGAACAUUUGAUUUUGGGAUUGAUUUGGCAAAUUGUUAGAAGAGGAUUAUUGUCAAAGGUUGAUAUUAAACUUCACCCUGAAUUAUAUCGUUUACUUGAGGAUGAUGAAACUUUAGAACAAUUCUUAAGAUUACCUCCUGAACAAAUUUUAUUACGUUGGUUCAACUACCACUUGAAGAAUGCUGGAUCUCAAAGAAGAGUUAAUAACUUUUCUAAAGACAUUAGCGACGGUGAAAACUACACUGUUUUAUUAAAUCAAUUACAACCAGAAAGCUGCGACUUGGGUCCAUUAAAAACUUCUGAUUUGUUAACCCGUGCUGAGCAAGUCUUGAAUAACGCUGAAAAAAUUGGUUGCCGUAAGUUUUUAACCCCAACAUCCUUGGUUGCUGGUAAUCCUAAAUUAAAUUUGGCCUUUGUUGCCAACGUAUUCAACAACUAUCCUGGAUUGGACCCAAUCGAAGAACAUGAAAAGCCUGAAAUUGAAGAGUUCGACGCUGAAGGUGAAAGAGAAGCCAGAGUCUUCACUUUGUGGUUGAAUUCCUUAGAUGUCGAUCCACCAAUCGUCUCACUUUUCGAGGAUUUAAAAGAUGGGUUAGUAUUAUUACAAGCUUACGAAAAGGUCUUGCCAGGAAGUGUAUCCUUCAAGCACAUAAAUAAAAAGCCUGCUAACGGCAAUGAAUUAUCUCGUUUCAAGGCUUUGGAGAAUACUAAUUACGGGGUAGAAAUCGGUAAGGCCAAUAGCUUCUCAUUAGUUGGUAUAGAAGGUUCGGAUAUUGUCGAUGGUAAUAAAUUGUUAACCUUGGCAUUAGUAUGGCAAUUGAUGAGACGUAACAUCACUAACACUUUAUCGCUGUUAAGUAACGAUGGUAACCAAAACUUAACUGAUGGUGAUAUAUUGAAAUGGGCCAAUUCUCAAGUCGUAAAAGGUGGCAAGAAUUAUACUAUAAGAUCAUUCAAAGAUUCCUCUUUGUGUAAUAGUGUCUACUUGUUGGAUGUAUUAAACGGUAUGAAACCAGGAUACGUCGACUACGACUUGGUUCAUCAAGGCUCCAAUUUAUCUGAAGACGAAAAGUAUGCUAAUGCUAAAUUGGCUAUUUCAAUCGCCAGAAAAUUGGGAGCUUUAAUUUGGUUAGUUCCAGAAGACAUCAAUGAGGUUAGAAGCAGAUUAAUCUUGUCCUUCGUCGGAAGUUUGAUGUGCGUUGCGGGAAAUUAA